AAUGGUCCGCGACCGAAGGUGAUGUGCGAGCACCCCGGAUGCGGCAAGGUGUUCGCGUGGUCGCAGGAUCUCGCGAAACACGUCAAGAAGAUUCACAACCGCGAGGCGCCCAAGUUUCACUGCGCGCACGAGGGGUGCGGGAAGGCGUUCCACGAGAAGAAACUCCUGACCGCGCACACGCGCACGCACACGGACGAGCGGCCGUUCGCGUGCCCUCACCCCGGGUGCGACAAGGCGUUCAGAGCGAGGAACGCGCUGGCGUAUCAC